CCAGAGCGUGUAUGUUUCAGUGAAAUGUGCCGUAGUGGAGCCUUUUCCUUACUAUAUAGUUCCGGUUUCAGGGAUUUGCUAGUGAUCGAUGUGCGAGGAAACGAAAACGCGUGGGUGUUCAUUAGAGGCCUCAUAGACAUAAUUAAUCACACCGGGGUUUCGACUGAAUGCUUAUUAUGUUCACAUUGUGAACGAGGUGAAUGAUGGAGACCGCGGAAUCGGCGCCGUUCCGCAUCGGCUCCACUGUACGGGCGCUGCGGUGUGUUCUGCGGAGGGAAACCGGACACGAAGCCGAGUCAGAGCGCACCGACAGCGGGGAGAGGAGCACGAGCGAGCCGGUCAAGCUCUGGUUUAAAGAGAGCAGCGCCAAAAACCUGCGAAACCGAGACUUCCUGGCGCCCAACACGGUUCUGGCUACACUUUACUCUGACGGACAGGUUCCUCCGGCCAUUAUGAGGCGUGUCCUGUCUCUUCGUGGAGGUGGUGUGUUACCACUUGCAGGAUGUGACAUCACAACAGAGGGGCUGCGCGUAACAGUGGACCGUUGCACAGCAUUCCGAGGUGUUCUGUGUGGGAUAAACACGUACCUGAGACCAGCCAGUCAAAGACAGGGGUGUGUUCUGAUCAAUUGCCCCGCACUGCAUGCCAAAAAAGAUCCACCCACUCCAGACACUCUGACACUGGGGCAGCUCCGGACUGUCCUCAUCGCUGACCAUCUCAGAGCAGUGCUCCUCAGACAAGGUUACUCUGUGUCCUUAUGUCCUGCACUGCCUGAGGAGAGUGACAUCAUCAGCUUCCUCCGAAUCCUGGGCAUUGAUUGGCUGGCGGCAUCUGUUGGCUGGACCAGUGAUGAAAGAGAGGAAAAGAUGAGGAACACCCUGGAGAACUGUUCCUACAGAGAGACAGAUGGAGAAAGAGGGAAGAGGACGAGUAAGGGAGAUGAUGCAGGGAUGACAGAGGAGGUCAGGAUAAACCUGAAGCGAGUGAUGGAGAAUGUAGAACUUCAGGGUUAUGACCCCACUCUUGGCACCUGCACAGUGCAGCGAGAAGCAUUGUGUCAUCUGGCUCAACUCGACAGAGCAAUGGAGGACUUUCCUGCAUCCACGGCUACAGUGCUACACGUGACUUCCUGUCAGGACGAGUUUCGCCAGCAACAAACAGCCAUGCUUUGGAGAGCUACCAGUGCCACAGCAACGCAGAGGCUGGUAGUGUGUGGUCCAGUAAAGACACCAGGCACUCAAAUGAGCGCGGCUCAGUACCUGCAAUUAAGAAGAGCUCAGAUGAAAGAAGCUUCUGAAGUGAAAUACGGUGAGCAGGUGGAAGGACAAACCUGGGAGGACAUCAUCAGAGUGAUGACUUGUGCUACAGUGCGAUUUGAGCUGCUUUCCACAGCACACACUAGCCCAGUGACUCUUGAUGUACAGCGUGAAGUGGGCGUGUCCACAAAAGGUCCUAGGGGAGGAGUCUUUGUUAUGUAUAACUGUGCAAGAUUACACACGCUGUUCAGCAGCUAUGAAAAAGGUGUACAGCAAGGCAUCUACCCAGAAAUCCCUGCAGGAACAGAACUGGAUUUUUCCUCUCUUAAAGAAGAGGGGGAGUGGCUUCUUCUUUUCAACUAUCUCAUUCCAUUCUCUGAGCUUCUGGACCAAUCAGGACAGACGCUGGAGCUGGAGGGGGCGGGAGCCAGAGUUAAUUUAAGAACAGAGCAGGUCUGCAGAUUCCUGGUGUCUCUCAGUAAAGACUUCAGUUCGUAUUACAACAGAGUCCAUGUACUUGGGGAGCCGUUACCUCAUCUUUUUAAUCAGAUGUUCUGCAGGUUGUUGUUGCUGAAGGCUUUGAGGGAACUUUACCACAGCGCCUUGGAUUCUCUAAAUCUGCCCCCGAUUCCACAGCUAUAGCUCUGAGUGAGAUGGCAACACCAGUACAUCUACAGAAACAAUCCAUAUUACAGAGAAACGUGCCAGAAAUGUUUAAAAGUAACUAGGAAUAUACCUGGAAAUUGCUACAGAGCUUCCAUGAUCAUCAUAAAAGCCACCAAGAAGUAUUAAACAAUUUCCUUAAUUGCACACCUAAGAUUCUAUAAUACAUGCUUUGGUUCUCAAAGUCCCCAAAUAUUUCUCUUAUUCUAAACUGUAGUCUUUACAUGAAUGCAGCGAGUUUGAGUUAGAAAUUCUCUACAGAAAAACACCUAACAACCACAGCAAACGAUCUUAUGCUGUAAUAAAUACUGCACCGUAACUGUCUUUGGUUCUUAUGUGGUUUCCUUUAUACCACAGAGCAUUUUGUUUCUAUAGUAACAGCUCAUUUACAUUAGGACCUGUGUAGUGGACGUUCCACAUAAACAAUAUGACGUGUAACAAAAAAACAGGUCCCUUAAUGUGUUUUAUAUAAUACAAAGAAAAUCUGUCAAAGAAAAUUGAUGGUGCAGUUUUCUGUAUAUAGAUCUUUAUUUCAUAUUUAUGGAAGGAGUCUGUAGUGCCAGCGCUGCAGGACAAUCUUCAGGACAGAGGACACUUUGCACCUUGGGGUUUCUCAGUAACAUGACAAACUGCAUGUUUUUGAUCUUAAUGACUUCAAGAUAAAGAAAAGCCCAAGCACUGUCACAGUCUUUCAAAUUUUUUCCUUCAUCGAUUUUAUUUCACCUCAGAGCUGCUGCCAUUACUCCUGACACUGUUUUGUACUUCUUGGUGCUUUGUCAUGUCACUAUGUUGUCCAGCGUAUUGUGUACGAGAACUAAACAUGCAAACACACACUGUUCAUCAGUCUCAGUUGUCUAUUAGAAAACGUGGUUUCACAAAUGCUUUAUAUCAAGCUUUUAUUAUCUAACAUUAUUUAACGCAUUUGUUAACAUUAACCACUCAUGAAGUGUUCACCGAUGUUUGUUUAAUGUUAAUGUAUAAAUACUCUCCUGCAUCGUCUGUAUUUUAUUCAAUCCAUAAACAAAAAUAAGAGCCAUGUAUAAAUUAGCAUUAUGUAAAUUGCAGUUCCUAAAUGUUCAUAAUUUCCUGGUGUAAAAACCGGAAUUUCCUUUUCAGAUUUUGUUCUGGGUUUUUGUCACCUAUCAACCUCAAAAAGUGUUAAUUAAGGUCAUUCUUCUGGGCUUUGUUUUACUCAUUGACUUGAAGUAAGGCAGGCGAUUAUUUGGUUUAAUUGGUUUAUUAUUAAAAAAAAAAAACAUUAAUUUAAAAAUGUUAAUUACUGUGAUAAUGUGUUUAGGAUUUAUUAAUGCUGAAGGUCAUGGUUUGUUCAUGCUAAUGACUAUGGUAAAUAAUGUUAGUUAAUGAAUCUUUAAUGAAAAGCAUUACAGAGCUUUAUACAUGCAUGAAAUUCAUACACUGUAGAUCAUCAUCAUCAUCAUCAUCAAUCCCCAGUUACUCACAUGCCAUAGAGAACAAAUGCCACUCUGUUUAUAGUCUGGGUCUGUAUAUCUGUCCCCUACAUGUCGUCGCUUUAUGUGUUUGUAUGCACAUGUGAAGAGAGAGGUAAAAAAAAAAAUUGUCAGUUUAAAUGACUGUAUUAUUAAAAAGAACAAUCAACUCUGUUUUAA